AUGCGGCUUUUGAACACAAAAACUUUACUAUUAGAACAAAUUCAAUCAAUUGGCACGACAAGAUAUGCUAUACUUUCUCACACCUGGGGCGACGAUGAAGUGCUUUUCGAAGACAUACCAAAGCGCAAAAGUCUGUUUGGCUGCAAUUGGAAAAAGAAGGGAGGGGCCUACAAGGUGAUCAAGACUGCGGAACGGGCACGACAGGAUGGGCUCGACUAUGUCUGGAUCGACACGUGCUGCAUUGACAAGAGGAGCAGCGCCGAGCUCUCCGAGGCUAUCAACUCCAUGUUCAAGUGGUACGCUCUCGCCACUGUUUGCUAUGCAUACCUGUCCGAUUAUGUCGCAGGACGUUCCACGGACGACGUUGACCCCUGGGAGCGUCAGCGUCCUCCGCGAGAGGACAAAUUCGCGUCAAGCAGAUGGUUUCGGCGAGGGUGGACGUUGCAGGAGCUAAUUGCCCCGAAACAGCUCAUCUUUUAUGAUAGGCAUUGGGAAACGGUGGGACUGCGUGCCGAAAUGGCUACGUAUAUCUCGGGUCUCACUUCCAUCGACUCCAACAUUCUCGUUUCCAUGCAAAAUCGCGGCCCACGGAUGUUGCAUCUCGUGUUGGAGAGAUACAGUAUCAGCCAGAAAAUGUCAUGGGCAGCAAACAGAGAAACGGCAAGGGAGGAAGACAUAGCCUACUGUUUAUUGGGAAUAUUCGAUGUCAACAUGCCUCUUUUGUAUGGAGAGGGCCCCAAGGCUUUCAAACGACUUCAGGAGGAGAUUUUGAAAAAGUUUAACGACCCGUCAAUAUUGGUGUUUGAUAGAAGCCUCAAUUGGGGCUCAAGCACCUUGUUGGCACCGUCACCUCGUCCUUUCAGCACGGAAGCACCAUUAUACACCAAUCCAGAAGAGGUACAUGCCGUGCAAUUGACGGAAGCUGGCCUGAAAAUCGACAUGUUCAUGUGUCCCUUGACAGAUGUCAAGGGAAACGUAUCUGAGAAUGACCAUUUUCUAGGAAUUCUGGAUUGCUUCUUUGAUAAAAAGUGCUUGGCAAGGACAGCCAUCGUCUUGGUGGACAUAGACGGGGUCUACUACUUGUACCCUGAUCUCGGCGCAUACAUUUUGGCCCCAGGAGAUGAAUCCCAUGCUUUUAUUUCCCCGGUUUUGGGUACCCGCACAAGCGGCUGGGCGACUCGUUAA